CAUGGCUCUCCUGGAGGGUGGAAACCACACUGCAAUGACAGAGUUCAUUCUAUUGGGCCUGACAGAUGACCCAGUCCUUAAAGUGGUCCUCUUCACCAUCAUUUUGUGCAUCUACCUGGUGACCAUGUCUGGGAACCUCAGCACCAUCCUCCUCAUCAGAGUCUCUUCCCAGCUCCAUCACCCCAUGUACUUUUUUCUCAGUCACUUGGCUUCUACUGACAUAGGCUACUCAUCUUCUGUCACCCCCAAUAUGCUUGUCAGCUUCCUGGUAAAUCAAAGUACUAUCUCAUAUCUUGGAUGUUUUAUACAGUUUGGUUCAGCUGGGUUUUUUGGAACACUUGAAUGCUUCCUUCUGGCUACCAUGGCUUAUGAUCGCUUCGUAGCAAUUUGCAACCCACUGCUUUAUUCAAACAAAAUGUCCACACAAGUCUGCAUCCAGUUAGUUGCAGGAUGUUAUAUAGGGAGUUUUCUUGAUACAUUCUCCUUUGCCCUUUCCUUUCAUUAUUUUGUUUUCUGUGGACCAAACAAAGUCAAUCACUUUUACUGUGAUUUUGCUCCUUUGAUGGAACUCUCCUGCUCUGAUGUCAGUGUCUCUGCAGUUGUUACCACAUUUUCUGCUGGAUUAGUAAUCAUGAUCACAGUCCUUGUCAUAGCCAUAUCCUACACCUACAUCCUCAUCACCAUCCUGAAGAUGCGCUCCACUGAGGGCCGCCACAAGGCCUUCUCCACCUGCACCUCCCACCUCACUGCAGUCACUCUCUACUAUGGAACCAUCACCUUCAUCUAUGUGAUGCCCAAGUCCAGCUACUCCACAGACCAGAACAAGGUGGUGUCUGUAUUCUACAUGGUGGUGAUCCCCAUGCUGAACCCCCUCAUUUACAGCCUCAGGAAUAAUGAGAUUAAGGGUGCUCUGAAGAGACAAGUUUUUAAGAAAAUAUUUUCUUAG